CAGGCUUUAAAGAAUCACACUACUGGCACAUCUCGAACACGCCGCGCCGGGCUGUGCCGUGAGCGCGGGCGGUGCUGUCCGCUGCCGGCCAAUCUUACACACGUAUAACAUGUAUUAAUAACCUAAAAUAAUAAAAAAUUAAUAACCUAAAAAGAAAAUGUUGGAUCGUAAAGUUGUAAAAUUCGGUAUACCAUUUAUGAUUUUCGUUAUUGGGGGAUCAUUCGGCCUUCGAGAAUUUACAGAACUACGUUACAUAUACAAAAAAACUCGAUAUAUAAAAGAUGAAGUAAAGGGCACGGGAAUUAAGCUAAAACCAUCACAAGAAAUUACAUUAGAAAGAGAGUAUGAAAAUUUGCAAAAGGCAGACCUUGACAACUGGGAAAAUACCCGAAUAAAGAGACCAUGGCCUGAAUAGUCAUAGAAUCUUAGAUUUUCUCUAGAUUCUUUACUCGAUAAAAUCAGUACAAUAAUAUAUGAUUGUUUGGUCUUCAAAUUAAAUAUUCAUUGUGAGCUCAUUUCUUAUAUAUUAUGUAUAGUAUACAUCUGUAAAUACAUAUGUAUCUCGUCACAGUUAUAACAGAAUGUAUAAAGAUAAUAUAAUACAGUACAUAUAGUUUAACAUAUAGUGGUUAGGAUAUUGGUAACACUCUUAUAUUAUCACAUAUGAUGGUUUAUUCUGCAUCAAGUAAGAAUAAUUUUGACCUAUUAUUAAUUCUCAAUUGGCAGUGUAUAUGUGCAACUGUAAAGUAAUACAGCUAACAAUACAAAAAUAAGAAAAAAUUGGCCUUUCCUACAGUAUUUAUUUGCAUCAUAUUUAUGAGAUUAAAAUUUAUUUUGAAUAAA